GGGCCGCGUAGGUAGUCUACGGCUGCGUGAUCAACACCUGCGGGAAGGUCGGCGACGCGGAGCGGGCUAUGUCGGUCUUCCGCCAGAUGCAAGCUCAAGGCAUCAAGUCGCACAUCGUUGUGUACGCGGCCUUGGCGCGGCCCUUCGCCUACCGCGGCGAGUGGACCGAAGUGGAACGCAUCCGGGAGGAGAUGGAGGGCGAGGGCAUCGCCGUGAACGACUACUUUUUGUACACCCAGAUCCUCGCGUACGGCAGGGCCAAGCCGCGGGAGUCGGACCGCGCGGAGGCCGUUUUCUGCGACGCCGUUGCCAGCGGGCUGCGCCUCAACGAGCGUCUCUUCAAGGCGCUGGGAUGCGCUGUGGGCCGCUCCCGCUGCGCCCAGCUCUCCAAGCUCUCCCGCGCGGAGGCCGUGCAGCUGAACAAGGC